CACAAACUGCAAAUUGUUAGCUACAUGUAGCUGUGAACUCAUGCAGAUUUAAACACUGUUUUAAAUUUGAAUUUUAAAGUAGUGUGCUUCACAUCCUGCAGAAGAAUAUAUGAGUAAGAACUAACAGUGUAGUGUUAGCAGACCUACAGAUAUUUUAUAUAGGUCUUAGUGAGAGUUGCAGUGGUUGUGAGUGGUGUCUAAUCAGUGGUAGAGGCCUGGGUGCUGGUGAGAGACAGGACUACACACACACAGUAUAAACUAACACUUGAGAUUAGGGGUAUACCAUGGCUCAUCGCCCCCGAGGUCCUGCAGCAGGAAGAGGACGUGGUAAAGCCCCAACAUGGAACCCAGAUGAGAGAUACCUGAAGAUCUACCUGAAGGGAAGAGCUGUUCCAUUCUACGCCCCAUCAUCGUACAAAGAUGUCCAGGUGGAAAAGCAAGCCCCACCCCCUAGUGAGAAACUUCAACUAGAAUGGGUAUAUGGCUAUCGUGGGCGAGACUGCAGAUGUAAUCUCUAUUACCUGCCCACUGGUGAGAUCGUGUACUUCACGGCCGCUGUGGUAGUGUUAUACAAUGUGGAGGAGCAGAUGCAAAGGCAUUACACUGGGCACACAGACGAUGUGAAGUGCCUUGCUAUUCAUCCCGACAAGAUUCGCAUUGCCACAGGCCAGGUGGCAGGACAUGACAGAAGGGAGGGGAAGAGGGGAAUUCCAGGUGGCAAGUCCAAACGGCUUCCAAGCAAUUUAAUGAAGUUUCUCAAAGAACAGUUCAAAGAUUCAAAAUAUGCUGAAGAACAUUUCUUGUGGCCACAUGUACGGAUUUGGGACUCUGUUAGUCUCAACACUCUCCAGGUUGUGGGGAUCGGGGAGUUUGACCGGGCCGUAUGUUGUGUUUCCUUCUCCAAAGUGGAUGGAGGUCAUCAGUUAGUAGCAGUGGAUGAGGCAAAUGAACAUGUCAUUUCCAUUUGGGACAUCUCGCGCGAUAAAGCCCACAAAGUUACCGAGACGAAGAGUUCCACUGAGCCUGUGCUAGCGGCGGAGUUCCACCCGUCCGAAAAGACCAGUGUAGUCACAUGUGGCAAAGGCCAGAUUUCCUUCUGGACCAUCGAUGGCGGCACACUGACAAAGAAAUUGGGCAUUUUUGAUAAACAUGAAAAACCCAAGUACGUCUUGUCACUGGCAUUCACAGAUAAUGGUGACACAAUCACAGGAGACUCGAAUGGCAACAUCUUCAUUUGGGGCAAAGGUGGAAACCGCAUCACUCAGGCAAUAAAUGGAGCACAUGAAGGAGGAGUUUUCUCCCUUUGUAUGAUGAAAGAUGGAACUCUCCUCUCUGGAGGUGGAAAGGACAGAAAAAUUGUCCAAUGGGAUUCUAAUUACAAACGUGCCGGAGUGGAAACAGAGAUCCCCGAGCAAUUUGGACCGGUGCGUACGAUCAGUCAGGGUCAUGGCAAUCUGAUAUUGGUGGGAACAACUCGCAACUGUAUACUACAGGGCACUCUGGAACUGGAACUUCAGCCAAUAGUCCAGGGCCAUACAGAGGAAUUAUGGGGUCUGGCCAGCCACCCCAGCCAGCAGCAGUUUCUCACCUGUGCCUAUGACAAACACCUCUACUUGUGGGAUGCCCUCUCUCAUACCAUCAUCUGGAGCAAAGCCAUGGAGGAGCCGGCUCACUGCUGCUGUUUCCACCCUAACGGGAACCUGGCUGUUGUGGGCUCCCAGUCUGGCAAGUGGAAGGUGAUUGACCUGACCUCCAGAGACAUAGUUGCAGCUCAUAGUGAUGGAACAGAGCAGAUAGAGUGUGUCCAGUACUCCCCAGAUGGUCAGUUGUUGGCUCUUGGAUCCCGUGAUAACAUGAUAUAUAUAUAUGAAGUGAGCGAGGAUGGACUGAAGUAUGUCAAGAGAGGGCGCUGCUCAGGUCAUUCCAGCUUUGUCACCCACCUGGACUGGUCAGAGAAUGGGACAUAUCUGAUGACAAACUCCGGAGAUUACGAGAUCCUGUUCUGGACCUCAAGUGACUGUAAACAGGUGUUAAACCCGUCUUCCGUUAGAGAUGAGGUUUGGGCCAGCCAGUCCUGUACUUUAGGGUUCAAUGUGGCAGGCAUUUGGCCAGAAGGGGCUGAUGGUACGGACAUCAAUGGCUGUGCUGCUUCACACAAGCGCCAUCUGGUGGCUAGUGCUGAUGACUAUGGCAAGGUCAACUUGUACAAGUACCCUUGUUUUCAGCCUAAGUCAUCUGGACACACCUACCCAGGUCACAGCAGUCAUGUGACCAACGUUGCGUUCCUGAAAGAUGAUACAAGGCUGAUUUCUACGGGAGGGAAGGACACCUCUGUGCUGCAGUGGGAAGUAGUCUGAUUUUCACGGCUAACAGUUAUGUUAAUCAUGUUACAUGGCACACAGAGAACAACAUUGAAUUUCUUGCAAUAUGAUUGGUGCACUUACAAAUUGUAUUUGCACAAGUUAAGCUUUAAUUCUUCAAAACAGGUGAUGAUCAUGUUUUAACCUUGAUGGUGGCUUUGAACAUAUGUAUUUAAACAGAUGUGUAAAAUAAGAUUAAUAAGGGGUGUUUUAAGUCAUUGGUUAAGUUCACUCUGACAGUGGUGACUCCCUGUCAGCUGUGUGGAGCAGCUUGAGGUUUUAUAAUGCUGGUCAGUCCAGAGCUCUUCAGAACAAGUGACCACCAAACAAAUGUGAAUAUUCCUUCAUAUACAACUGCAUUUGAAUGUUUAUGGAUGAAGUUUGUUUUGUAUUAAUUUUCUUUGACCUGUGUUUGAAAUCAUUGGUUUGUUACGGAGAAUAUUGGGUGUGUUUGAGAAACCAUUUGGGACAGUUUUUUUUUCUUUAAAUGUCUUGAUGAACUCCUGGUGAAUGUUUAGCUGCAGCUUAUGAUACUUGUACCUAUGUUUUUUUUUUGUUUUUUUUUUUCGGACUAAAAAUUGACUGUAUUUUUGCCUUGUGUUUAACUAUUUGUAUUGUUUUGAUGAUGUGACCUGUUCUAGAGGAACUCAAAAAUAUUUUGUUUUUAGAUUGGUAUAUUUUUCUGUAUCUGUACAUCUUUCUCAUUGUUACAAAGUUUUUGUUCAGCUUGGCAUUUUAGACAUACCGGACUUAAUUGCUUACCUCAGAGGUAUAGAGACAGCAUAGAAAUUACUGUGAGCAAGGCUGUGUCAGUGUGUGUCCUCUUCACCCUAUAGAACAGUCACACAUAGAGACAUGGAGACAGGAUAGACAUUGUGGGAGGAAGGCUGUGUCAGUAUGUGUCCCCUACACCCUAUAGGACAGAAGUUUCACAUAGAGAGAUGUGGACAGGAUAGACAUUGUGGGAGGAAGGCUGUGUCAGUGCAUGUCCUCUUCACCCUAUAGGACAGAAGUUUCACAUAGUGACAGGAUAGACAUUGUGGGAGGAAGGCUGUGUCAGUAUGUGUCCCCUACACCCUAUAGGACAGAAGUUAAACAUAGAGACAGGAUAGGCAUUGUGGGAGGAAGGCUGUGUCAGUAUGUGUCCUCUUCACCCUAUAGAACAGAAGUUUCACAUAGAGACAGGAUAGACAUUGUGGGAGGAAGGCUGUGUCAGUAUGUGUCCUCUACACCCUAUAGAACAGGAGUGACAUAUACAUGUAGAGACAUGGGUACAGCAUAGGCAUUGUGGAUAGGAAGGCUGUGUCAGUGCAUGUCCUCUUUACCCUGUAGAAGUUACAUACAGAGACAGGAAACAAAGCUCCUCCCACAAAAGCUACUGACUUUGUCCUUUUACAAAGCUCCUCCCAUAGUAGCUGCAGACUUAUCAUUAUGUGAUAACUAUGUUAAUGACCAUACAGCCUUGCGCUGUCUUUCUUGUGCGAUUUCAAUAAGCAUUAUACUUCCCUCAAUUACACUUCUACCCGUCCUUUUAAUUCUUUUUGUACAUGUCUUAAGUUUACAUUUAUAAUGGCCCACUAGUUUCAGAAUGCUUUGUUCUGUGUAAGAACGUAUAUUAUCACCAAGAUCUUAUUUUGUUUAUUUUCUAAUGGUAUUAUGUGUUGCCACAGUAUUUCUGAUGAAUUUUUCAAAUUUCUUCCAAUUUUGCGUUUUUGCUAAUUAGCGUUCUAUUUAUUGUAUUUCUCAAUGUUGUGUGGCGAUGAAGCUUGUAACUUGUAUUUCCUGUAUAUAUCAGUCAGGAUUUGUUCACUUGACUAUGUUUUUAUUGUUAUUGUCAGAUGAGACGAUUUCUUCAAUUCACCCGAAACACAUUUGCCGUACAUGUUUUACCAAUACUCAAAACAUGUCUUGAUUAAAGGUUUGUGCAGCUUUUCG